AUGCCAGGUAAAGUGCCUGAGCCCUGCGCGCUGCUGCUGCCCUUGCUCUCUCUCUCCCUCUGUCUCUCUCUGUCUCCAUCUGCACCCCCGGUCGCCCCCCGCCCUCGGCCGCCGAGCGUCACUAGACCAGAAGCUUCCAAUGAUACUCACGCGGCAGAUGCAGCCGCCGCUACCCAGGGCCCCACCCCAACGCCGCGUCCCAAACCCAAGCCUCGCCCUCGCCCUCCCUCCCAGGCUACCAGCUCGGGCUCCUCUGCUCCCACUACCCCUGAACCAAUGGCCACAACUGCUCCACAACCUACCAUUCCUGAACAGCCUCCCGCAUCGGAAUCCCCUUCACAUUCCCACAGCCCGGCCCCAGACACGGCCGCAGACCUCAACCCGACCCCAAUCGAGGUCCCCACCCCCGCUGAACCAGUGGCUGCUCCUCCCACAACCUUGGACGGUGGGGAAGACGACGACGAUGACAACUAUGAACUUCCCGAUCCCAUCUUGUCUUCUCCUGGCCGGGGCAUGGCUGCUCCUCCUGCCGCUGCCCAAGAUGGCGAUGAUGAAGAGGACAACAGCUACGAAUACUGUGAUACCGCUGGUCUACCCAUCAACCCCAGCGUUGCCCCCUCCAGCCUACCAGCCGACGAGGAUGAAGAAGGCGAUGACGCAAAUGAUUAUGACAACCUCGACGAACAAGGCGACACCCUGCCCCCUCUUCCCCCGCGCCGAGUGGAACCCGUUCCCGAGGUGCCCUCGCGUGCCUCCCGUCCCAAACUGACCCCAGAGCCGAAGAUCCUGGUCCGCAAAGACAAGCGUUCCACACGCCUUCCCCCUCGCCCGUCCAAGCCGCCGCCCUCGACGCCCGCGAGCACCACCGUGACUCUUGUCACAGAUGGUACUCCACCCCCGCGCCCGCCCAAAAGCCUCCCCGCCGAUGCCGAUCCCGCCCCAAUCGCCAGUAAUCGCCGCACCCCUCCCAAGUUACCCAACACUGCCGUCUCUGCACGCCGUCCUCACGGCGAGGAUAGCGAUACAGACGAUGACAUGGAUAACUAUGACGAAGCGGAUGAAAUGUUCCGGGGCAAAAAUCAACUUGCCCAGAUUCGCGUAGACCACAGCAGCAACACAUAUCUCGAACCUCAGCAAGGGCAGGAAGAGGUCUACGUGGCUAAAAAACGCGAGUCGGCCAUCUGCCGCACAGACUCGAUGGCUUCGAAUGCCACCGCAACCUCUGGUGGAGGCGAAAGCAAUCCGGGGUCAACAGCACCCGAGCUUCCCCAGCCCUACGCCAAGGCUGACACUGAUGAGGAGGAAGGUGAACCUCAGGCUAGCGCCGCAGCCUCAACCGGUCUUUCGGGCAUCGCAGAAGCCCCGGCGGGCAGCGGGGGCGAGGGCGAGGGUGAGGGCGAGGGCGCAGCAGAUGUGUUUGCCUCUGGGAGCAAGCCCCAGGCUUCCACGGGCGCAACGCCAGCUCCUGCCCAAGCAACCAAAAAGCCACCGACGCGCAAGCGCUCGGGUGGAGGCCUGUUUCGCCGCAAGAAAUCCGAAGCCGUCCCGGAGAUUUCGGAGGAGGAUCGAGCCUUGCUGGAUGAGUGCAAGGCGCGCACCGAGACGUGUGGCCAAGGCCGUGUGACCAAGGCACCACCUGCGUCAUCUCUUCACGAAACGUUUUUGCCCAUUGCGCUCGGCGAACGCCUGGAGAUUUUGGAAAUGAGCCGUGGGCCCAGCGGCGUGUGGGUGUGUCGCAACGCCAACAAGGCCGUGGGCUUUGUCAACAACCAAAACGUGGAAAUGGAUGUUUCUUCGGUGCGCCUCCUGCUAGAAGCGGUCCCCAAACCGGCCAAGCUUGAAACAACUGUUGAGGGUCUUCCCUUGGACAUGAAGGGCAGCGUUGUCGGCGUGGCCGUACUGUCCCCCGAGGAGAUGGCCAAGCACCGAGAGCGUCACCAAGCACCAGCAGCGGUGGCCAAGACAUCAACGGAUGCGGCGCCGGCGCCCGGUACCGACCGUGAUGUGGCGUCUGCAAGCUCUUCUGCUCCGCCGGGAGCGGAGACGGGUGCGGAUAUUGACGAAAGUGCCCCCCUGCCCGUGUACGAGUCUUUGGAGAACCCCACGGAUGAUGCUCAAAUAUACGACACGGCAGACCACGUGUCCCGUGAACCGACCAUGUAUGCAGACGCCGAUGCCUUGGCCCUAGACUCGAGCGUAUACGCUGCUGCCAACGAUAUGUCCGACGAGGAGGAGGGCCCGGCUAGCCCAACCCCGCAGCCGUCAUUGCCCCCACGACCAAGCCCCCGCGCUCCAGCCCUUCCCCCACCGCGUGGUAGCCAAGAGAACAUUCGACGCGUACCGGCCGAUACCAGGCCAGUUGACGGAGACAUUUAUGAGAGCGUGGAAACGGAAGCUGAGCCCUCGAAUGACCAAGCCGCUCGCAAGCGCUCGCUUUCACCCCAGCCCGACGUGUACGAGAGCGUGGACCUGGAAGGUCCUGGCAGCGGGGCUGCAGAGACGGAAACCGAUGCCGUGUAUGAAAGCAUGGAUACAGAGCAGGCUACUCAUGGCGCUGGGGACGAGAAAGACCCUGCCAUUUAUGAGAGCAUGGAGACGGCUGAGGGUGGGCCCAGCGAAGUGACCGCCGCUUCCGACACCCAGCCGGACCCAACCUCAAACAUGCUGGUAUCUGAGGAUGGUGAAAUAUACGAAGAUAUGUCAGAUGCCAAUGUGCCCAACUCAACGCUCCCACCAUCGGAGGCAGAGGUGCUGGACGCCCUGAACGAAGGUGAUGAAGUGUAUACGGCCAUGGACGAGGCGCCCGUGACCCUGCGCAAGCGUUACGAAGUGGUGUCCACCACGGAACGUGAAGGGACCGAGUCGCCACCGCCCGUACCGCCACCUCGGCGUGAAUCCAAGGAUAGCGUGGUCUGA